AACCAAGAACUAUAUUGAAUAAUGGGUAGAGUCAUCCGUAAUCAAAGAAAAGGUGCUGGUUCUAUCUUCACCUCCCACACCAGAUUAAGAAAAGGUGCUGCCAAGUUAAGAACCUUGGAUUAUGCUGAACGUCACGGUUACAUUCGUGGUAUUGUUAAGCAAAUCAUCCACGAUCCAGGAAGAGGUGCCCCAUUAGCCAAGGUCGUCUUCCGUGACCCAUACAGAUACAAGUUGAGAGAAGAAACCUUCAUUGCCAACGAAGGUGUCUACACUGGUCAAUUCAUUUACGCCGGUAAGAAGGCUUCCUUAAACGUCGGUAACAUCUUACCUUUAGGUGCUUGUCCAGAAGGUACCAUUGUUUCCAACGUUGAAGAAAAGGUUGGUGACAGAGGUGCUUUAGGUAGAACCUCCGGUAACUACGUUAUCAUUAUCGGACACAACCCAGAUGAAGGUAAGACCAGAGUUAAGUUACCAUCUGGUGCCAAGAAGAUCAUCUCUUCUGACGCUAGAGGUGUUAUCGGUGUCGUUGCCGGUGGUGGUAGAAUCGAUAAGCCAUUAUUAAAGGCUGGUAGAGCCUUCCACAAGUACAAGGUCAAGAGAAACUCCUGGCCAAAGACCAGAGGUGUUGCCAUGAACCCAGUUGAUCACCCUCAUGGUGGUGGUAACCAUCAACAUAUUGGUAAGGCUUCUACUAUUUCUAGAGGUGCUGUUGCCGGUCAAAAGGCUGGUUUGAUCGCCGCUAGAAGAACCGGUUUAUUGAGAGGUACUCAAAAGACCCAAGAUUAAACAGGCUGAUUCUUGAAGUUUGAUUUCUUUUUGUAUUUAUAGUUAAACAGGGAUUCUACUGGAAAGUAGAAUAACUAUUGCAUUAUAUAGCUUCCUUGCAAGGAAUUGUAAGUUUGCGAAGAAUAUAUAUAUACUAAUAUUGGAAUAUAUUUGUAGAUUGACAAAAAAAAACACAUCCUCUUACAAAAGUCUGGGUGCGUUUGGAACCUUUGUCUAACAUCUGUCUAAUGCUUGCUAAGGCUAGUUUAACCGAGUUUACAGGACAACAGCCAAUGGAAUCUAAGUGUAACCUUACUAUGAUGACAUUAAUAAUGAUGAUAAAGUUAUUUGGAGAACUUGCGUACAGUUCCCCACCCUACUAGUAUCCUGUAUAGCUUGAACGUAGUUGAUGGGGAGGGGUGCCAAGUGCCGUAAUGUAAUAUGUGGCUAUAACAUGAACAAACUAUGCUAUACGAAGUGGGGUAACUAAAAUGAGUCAAUUAACGAAAAGUAAAUAUAAACACAUAAUUGAGUGAUUGUUAUCACUUAUUAACUAAAAUUGACUUCUUAGUUUGGUGCCGUGCCUUUGGCGGAGUCGGAUCGAUUUACACACAUUUCUGAUUAACCAGCGAAGUUUCUACCUAAACAACUCGUAUCUACGACAGACAUGUUUAACUGUGGGAUGCUGCAGCGAAUCGUUUACCUACUCUAACUGUGUACAAUAGACAUCAGGUAAAGUUUUCACCGACAAACGUACACAGCGCAACUCGUUUGUGAAAUUGUACCGAGAUUACUAUAAUGGCUUUUUAUUGCCUAUUGUUCCCACUAAAAAUAUCGCAUCCCUCAUAUAACUAAUUUUGCACCAAACUAUUUUAAUAGGUGAAUUUCACCUCUGUCUUCCCUUGCUCUUUUCAUCAAUUAGUCAUUAGCUUUGUUAUUAACUUAUCCAUCAGUACUAUAUUAGAUUAAUACCAUAUUUAUUCAAUCCUACUGUCAAACUAUAUCCAAACUAUUUAUUUUUUUUUCAUUUUCAGCAUCUUACACUCAUUGCAUAUUAGGUAAUCAUGUCUAAUACUAGCACCACCAUAUGUCCGUUUUGGCACUAUGAUGACAUCACAGACUGUGCAAAAUAUAAUUUGCAAUUAUAUCCGGCUGCAAUAGUCGGAUUAGUAUCGUUUGCCAUCUUACUCGUGAAGUCCACCUUUUCCUACGUUAAGUCCGUGAGAAGAUCCUACCACGACUUGCCGGAAGAAUCCAAGCCACUUUUAGACGUUGCAACCAGCUACGGGUCGGCCACUCAAGAAAGCAUAUCGGAACCAUCUGCCAAGAGCCAGCAUUUUGAUCUCGCAAGAUUGCCAGAGACAAACGAAGAUGGAACUCCCCAUGGAACUGUAGAGUUGGUCUACAAGAGCAUUCUGGAAAGAGCCAGGGUAUCUAUUGAAUAUAUCCUUGUUAUUGCCGCAUUAGCACUCCACUUAUUGCCAUUUUUUGUUCACGCUAUUGCUCGUGAGUUUAAACACGCCAAGUAUGUACCUUAUGUUCAAUCUGGAUUAUGGACUUAUUUGUUUUUGAUAUGUACUAUCAGAAUUGUCAAUUUAAAGAGAGUUUCCAUUAGAUUGCCAAGCUUAUGGAUCCAUUCAACUGCCAUCUAUUUUUUCAACUUCUUUCCAAGUUUGUUCACAUUCAGAUCGGCAUUGGUGCACCAUGGUCUCAAAUCUCAAGUUAGACAAUACUACAUUGUUGAAUUUGCCAUCAAUGUCAUCUUGUUGUAUUUGAAUUUCACUGCUAAAGUUGGUGACAAACCAUCUCAAUUAUAUCGAACUCCAGGUGUUGAGCCAUCUCCAGAAAAUGUCUCCAGUAUUGCCUCGUUUAUUGCAUAUAGUUGGAUAGAUAAAAUGAUCUGGAAAGCCCACAAAUCUCCAUUAAAGAAUGAGGAUAUUUGGGGGUUAAGACAAGAUGAUUAUGCUUUGCAUGUUCUUAAGGGAUUUGAAGCCUCCAAGUCAACUUUCAGAUUCACAUACAAAUUGUUUGCCCACUUCAAGUUUUUAUUUGCCAUCCAAGCAUUUUGGGCUGUGUUGGAGUCCAUGCUUGUUUUUGGUCCUUCUUUACUUCUUAAGAAAGUUUUGGAGUAUGUUGCUGAUCCUGAAUCCAUUCCACAAAACCUUGCCUGGACAUUUGUCUUGUUAAUGCCGGUGGUUAAGAUGGCUGAUUCUAUUUCUUCCGGUUGUUCGUUGUUCUUGGGUAGACGUGUUUGUUGCAGAAUGAAGGCAAUCAUCAUUGGUCAAGUCUAUGCCAAGGCUUUGAGAAGAAAAGUCACCGUUACUGAAACUAUGGAAGAUGAGGAAAUUGAGCCAAAGACUGAUUCAGAUGAAGGCAGCAAGAAGGAAUCUAAAAAGACUGCAGAAUUGGGAGCAAUCAUCAACUUAAUGGCCAUUGAUGCGUUUAAAGUUUCUGAAGUUUGUGGUUACUUACACUUUUUUGUUAGUGCCAUUCUCAUGAUUGUUAUCUGUACUUUGUUAUUAUACAGUUUGCUCGGAUGGAGUGCGCUUGUUGGUUCUUUUGCAAUUUUUGCACUUUUGCCAAUCAGUUUCAGUCUUGCCCGUUGGUUAGGACGUUUACAAAAGAAGAUGUUAAAGGUCACCGAUGCCAGAAUCCAAAAGUUGAAUGAAACUUUCCAAAGUAUUAGAAUCGUCAAGUUUUUCGCUUGGGAAGACAAGUUUUUUGAAAAUGUCAUGGGGAUUAGAAAUGAAGAACUUUACUAUUUGAAGUUCAGAAGUGCUGUUUGGUGUGCCUCUGCGUUUGUCUGGUUCAUCACUCCAACUUUAGUUACUUUACUUUCCUUCUACUGUUAUACCAUCAUUGAAGGUAAGCCAUUGACCGCUCCUCUUGCGUUUACUUCCUUGUCUUUAUUUACCUUGUUGAGAUCUCCAUUGGAUCAAUUGGCCGAUAUGACAUCAUUUGUUAUCCAAUCCAAGGUUUCUCUUGAUAGAAUUUCCGAUUUCUUGGAUGAACCAGAAACUACAAAGUACGAUCAAUUGAGUGAGAAAUCCGGUAAUCCAAACGCACCAACUAUUGGAUUUGAAAAUGCCAUCUUGUCAUGGAACUCCAAGUCUGCUACUGAUUUCAAAUUACGUGAUUUGAACAUUGACUUUAAGGUUGGGAAAUUGAAUGUCAUUAUUGGUCCUACUGGUGCCGGUAAAACUUCCCUUUUACUUGGUUUAUUGGGGGAAAUGGACUUGAUCCUGGGUCAUGUUCAUUUACCAGGUCUUAUACCUAGAGAUGAAUUAAUUGUUGAUCGUCAUACCGGGUUAACUGACUCGAUCGCUUACUGUUCUCAAUCGCCAUGGUUAUUGAAUGAAACUAUUAGAAAUAACAUUUGCUUUGGUACUCCAUACAUCCAAGAAAGAUACGAUGCUGUUGUUGACGCUUGUGGGUUAUCUCGUGAUUUCCAAAUUUUGAGUGCUGGUGAUGCCACUGAAAUCGGUGAAAAGGGUAUUACUUUAUCUGGUGGUCAAAAGCAAAGAGUUUCUCUUGCCAGAGCCUUGUAUUCCAACUCCAAGCAUUUACUUUUGGAUGAUUGUUUAUCUGCUGUUGAUUCCCAUACUGCGUUGUGGAUCUAUGAAAACUGUAUUUCUGGGCCAUUGAUGCAAGGCAGAACUUGUAUUUUGGUGUCUCAUAACGUGGCAUUGACUGUUCAAAAAGCGGAAUGGGUUGUUGUUUUGGAAAACGGAAGAGUCAAGAGUCAAGGUACUGCCGAAGAAUUAUUAGCUGCCGGUGAUUUAGGUGAUGAUGAUUUGGUCAAGUCCUCAGUUUUGAGUUCUCGUGAACAAUCAUCUACCAAUUUACAAUCGUUACUGGAUAAGAAUGCUGAUAUGAAAGCCAAGGCUGCUGCGAUCGACACGAAGUUGAGAAAGAUUCAAAGUCAGCAAGAAGAAGUAGCAGCCAAGACCGACGGUAAAUUAGUUGAAGAAGAAAACAAAGCUGAAGGUGUGGUUGGGUCCGAUGUUUAUCUCGCAUAUGCCAAGUAUUUCGGUGGUUGGUCUACCUGGACAUUGGUUGUUAUCGCAUUUGUUGUAUCCCAAGGUGUAUUUAUCAUUCAAACAUUCUGGUUGAGAAAAUGGUCGUCGGAAAGUUCAGCUGUGGAAGAAAUCACUAUGCGUGCUACUCAAUUACAACAAUCUUAUGUUGUUCGUUCAUUGAUUAACCCUGUUGUUGCUUCAUUUAACGCCAUUAACGCUUAUAAAGAAGCACAUACCACUCUUUAUUAUAUUUCCAUGUAUGCUGUUAUUGGGUUUACCUACGGUUUUGCCUCAUGUUUCAGGCUUUAUGUGACUUUCUUUGCCGGUAUUAAAGCUUCUAGCAGAAUUUUCGAAACUGUGUUGAAAAAGAUUUUACGUGCCAAAUUGAGAUUCUUUGAUAAGACACCAUUGGGACGUAUUAUGAAUAGAUUUUCCAAGGAUAUCGAAGCUGUUGAUCAAGAAUUGACUCCAUUUGCCGAAGGGGUGUUUAUGUGUUUGGUCCAAUGUGUGUCUACUUUAGUCUUGAUUACUUUUAUCACACCUGGGUUUUUAGUAUUUGCUGUCAUUAUUUCCUUCCUUUAUUAUUUGGUAGGGUAUUUCUACCUUACUUUAUCCCGUGAAUUAAAGAGAUAUGAAUCGAUUACUAAGUCACCAAUCCAUCAACAUUUCUCCGAAUCGCUUAAUGGUGUUGCCACCAUCAGAGCUUAUGGUAUUGAAUCUAGAUUUAUGAAGCAAAACUUGAAAGCAAUCGAUGCUAACAACAGACCAUUCUUUUACUUGUGGGUGGCCAAUAGAUGGCUUGCAUUCCGUAUUGAUGCCGUCGGGUCUAUGGUUAUGUUGUGUUCUGGUAUCUUUGUCUUGUUGUCGAUUGGGAAGAUUGAUUCUGGUCUUGCUGGGUUGUCCUUGUCUUAUGCCAUUGCAUUUUCCGAAAGUGCACUCUGGGUGGUUCGUCUUUAUUCCACCGUCGAAAUGAAUAUGAACUCCAUGGAAAGAUUGCAGGAAUACCUUGAUGUUGAACAAGAACCUCCUUAUGAAAUUAAGGAGACUGAGCCAAGAUCAAGCUGGCCGGAACACGGAAGAAUCUCGGUCAAGGAUGUUUCAUUGAGAUAUGCUCCAGAAUUACCUCGUGUUAUCAAGAAUGUUACGUUUGACGUCGAACCUUGUAAUAAGGUUGGUAUUGUUGGUAGAACUGGGGCUGGUAAGUCCACUAUCAUCACGGCAUUCUUUAGAUUCUUGGACCCAGAAACUGGGUCAAUCACUAUUGAUGGUGUCGAUAUCACUUCUAUUGGGUUGCGUAACUUGAGACAGGCCAUUACUAUCAUUCCCCAAGAUCCUACCUUAUUCAGUGGUACCAUCAGAUCCAACUUGGAUCCAUUUGGCCAGUACACUGAUGUACAAAUCUUUGAAGCGUUGAGAAGAGUUAAUUUAAUCAGUGCCAGUAGCCAAGUCGGAACUUCCCAGUCAAACGAUGAAAACCAAAACAAGUUCUUGAAUUUGGAUAACAGCAUUGCUGAAGGAGGAGGUAAUUUGUCUCAAGGUGAACGUCAAUUGAUCUGUCUUGCCCGUUCGCUUUUAAAGAACCCUAAGGUGAUUUUGUUGGAUGAAGCCACCAGUUCUAUUGAUUACAAGUCUGAUGCUAUGAUUCAACAAACCAUCAGAGAAGAGUUCGGCACAUCCACCAUCUUAACCAUUGCCCAUAGAUUAAGAACUAUUAUUGACUACGAUAAGAUUUUGGUUAUGGAUGCCGGUAGGGUUGUCGAGUAUGAUAAUCCGUAUGUGUUACUUACCGACCAGUCUUCGUUGUUUUACAGCAUGUGUGAGAAUAGUGGAGAGUUGGAUUCGUUGAUUAGAUUGGCCAAGGAGGCAUAUAUCAAGAAUAAGAAUUCUCUUAGAAAGUAGUUGUAUAGAUUGCAUAAUAAACAUUGAACGUUAUUUAACU